UCCAGCUCCAGGGGAGGAGAAUCGAAUCACCCGUCGGCGCACAGUGCUCCGCGUCCACCAGUGCCGGCGGCGAGGACGAUGGGGAAGCCCGCCGCGCUGAUGCGGGAAGCAAUCGGGGUGGACUUGGUGCUCGUAGUUUAAAAGGGGUAGGUGGAGGCGGGGCAGGGAGGAAGGCAGGGGCGAUGAAGCCCCUGCGGCGAUCCAGCACCUCGUCGACGUCGUCGCCGAGGGCGCAUUCUUCUUCGUGGAUGCACCUCCGGUCUCUUCUCCUCGUUUCCUCAUCGUCCUCGUCGGUCUCCUCUCUGGCGGCGUCGGGGAGUUCGGCAGCGGAGAGUUCGGAUUCAGCGUCGGCGUCACUGGCGGCAGCCUCCUCCCCGUCAUCGCUGGCGCCUUCCUCUCCGAACCUGGACCGAGGUGGAAUUAAAUCUCCAUGGUCUCAAAGAAAAAGAAAACGAGCACUUUCUUGUCAACACUGGAAUCGUCUAUUUUCGGCAAACGGGAAGCUUCGUGAUGGGGGAAGAAAGUUUCUAAAGAAAGUUCGCAGUGGGGGAAUUGAACCUGACAUCAGGGCUGAAGUUUGGCCAUUUCUACUUGUUUAUGAUUUGAAUAGUUCUGAAGAGGACAGGAAUACCAUCAAUAUAAAGAAAAGGAAAGAAUAUGAAAAGCUGAGGCAACAGUGCCAUCGCAUAUUGAAUUGCUACAAGGGAAAUGGGCUUAAUGUUAUAAAUGAGUUCAUUAAUGAGGAUUUUUCUGAUGGGGCUGAGGGAUCAGAGUCACCUUAUUCUGAAGGUGUUAGUACGAGGGCUUCUGUGUUGCCCAAAGAAUUGAAAUCUAUAGGCAACAAGGCAGAAGAAUCAGAGAGUGAUAACUGGGAUACUGUGGAAUGCAUGGAUGAAGAUACAAGUGAGUUAACAUAUGUUGAUCCAUGUAUGGCAGAAUCAGAAUCGUCUGACUCUGAGUCUUCCUACGAAGAGGACCCUGACAGAACACCCGUUUCUACCAAUAUGGAAGAGAACUGUGAUCCCAAACCAAAAUUUGUCGGGAGCGCCUCAUCUAAGUCGGACCUUUUUCUAUCUGACAAAACACCAGAGGAUUUUGCCACAUGGCAGCGCAUUAUACGUGUAGAUGCUAUCCGGGCAAAUACAGAAUGGGCUCUAUUUGCCCGUAACCAGGCUGAAGUCUCUAAGGAAAAAGCACUGCAAUCUGCAAUAUCUGUUGGGUUGAAAGAUUAUGACCAUUUAGAGCCUUACAUGAUUUAUCAUGCUGCACGAUUAGUUGCAUUGCUUGAGGCAUAUGCACUCUAUGAUCCAGAGAUUGGCUACUGUCAAGGAAUGAGUGAUCUCUUGUCACCAAUAAUUGCAGUGAUGGAGGAAGAUCAUGAAGCAUUUUGGUGCUUUGUGGGUUUCAUGAGGAAAGCGAGGCACAACUUUAGGCUUGAUGAGGUUGGAAUAAGAAGACAGCUGAAGACUGUCUCGCAGAUCAUCAAGCGCAAGGACUCGCACCUCUAUAGGCACCUGCAGAAACUUCAGAUUGAGGACUGCUUCUUUCUGUACAGAAUGGUGGUAGUUCUCUUCAGGAGGGAGCUAAGUUUUGAGCAGACUGUGUGUUUGUGGGAGGUCAUGUGGGCUGACCAGGCCGCUAUUCGAGCUGGGAUUGGAAGGUCCACUUGGGCUAGGAUAAGGCUUCAUGCCCCUCCAACCGACGACUUGUUGCUCUAUGCUAUUGCGGCCUGCGUCUUGCAGAGGAGGAAACUGAUAAUUGAGAAGUACAGCAGUACGGAUGAGAUACUGCGGGAGUGCAAUAGCAUGGCUGGGCACCUAGAUGUCUGGAAGCUUCUAGAUGAUGCACAUCACUUGGUUGUUAACCUUCAUGACAAAAUCUGAUGCAACUGCUUUCCUCAGUUACAUUUUGUCGAACAAUUCUCUGAGGCAUAUUUAGUAAUCUGUCAUCUGCUAUUUAUCACAUGGCAUAAAACCCUUUCUAGUAAUAUAUAGAGAACCUUGUAGCUUCAAGUGAGGACGAAGUUGUCUCCACUUCAGCAAAGCUGAUAUAACUCAUUGGAUCACCGUGGUUCAGUCAUUGCAAGCUAUCCAUAGCUAAGGGUUUUUUUUUUUUUGCGUCUAAUGUCUACUUUUGGCAAAAACAAUAUUUUCCCUAGAAUCUUUUACAGGAGAAGUAAGUUCCUAACUGUUGGAUGUAAUGCGGAGUAAUGUCGUAAUUAAGUCUUUACUGUCAUUUCGCA